AAAAGGAAAAAAAAAAAGGAAAAGUGUGAAAACCUGUUCUAUGCAUGUUUCUGCGAUUGACAGUAGCUGUCUCUCGAUAUCUGCAUGAUACCCCCCGGCGGCGUUGCCCAUGCCCUCUUGACCCUAACCCACCAGAAGCCAUUUUCCGCGCCCACCGCACUGUCCCAUGCCCAGCAAUUCCCAAUGCCAUCGUAUCGUGGAAAUGCUGCCGCAUUAAAUUAAUCCGCUAGUAUCACGGAAGCCAGACCAGGAUUCCCGUUCUGAUAUUAAGGUUUUCCAACCCUGUUUAAAUGUUCCAGCCCCUACGAAUGUGUGAUUGCGGUACCGGUAUGUGUUUGUAGGUGUGGAUUGGAUCUGUAACGUUAGAUUGCUAUGGAAGCAGUAGUGGCACAAGUUGUGCUGGACACCCACCGGUGCCAAUAUUGCCAUCGUUGGCUGUGGGGUUGGUUACGAGGAUGGCUUCUUUUGCUUCUUUUAUAUACAGUACUUUCUUUCUUUCUCUUCGUUCGCCUGCUGGCCGGGGGGAGGAGUUCGACAGGGCUAAACUCUUCCCGGUCUCGUCAUUUCGAUAACCCUCGACACCGCCACAACACUCACUCUCAGAGAACCACAUCGGUACCAUACUCUUGUGCGCUGGGAGAUCAAUCGAUCCCCUCCCCAACAUUCGCCGACGACGCAGGGCUCAGUUACUAUGCCAGCAUAGAACGGGAGACAUUGAGUCGAGACUAGGGGAUUGCUCUCACGGUUGUUGUUGUUUCUCUCAGCCCGAUCAACAACCCCUUGGGCCCUUCUCUUCACCAACUCUUUCACCCCCCUUCCCUUCCCUUCCUUUCCCCACUCUUGGGAUCGUAGUUCCACAUUUCCUUUCGUUGUUUCCCUUUACCGUCGUCGGCGCCACAGUACCCUAUCGUGCCCUCUCGUUCUCUCGGGGAGGAGGAGGAGCUGGGUAUAACCUGCCGGACCGCUGUCGUCUUGCUGCCCCGGUCAACUUUUCCUUCCGCCCUGCCGCCUCCUCGGUUCUGGGGCUCGUGUGCUACCUGCUUGGUGCUUCCGCCGGCUUGUUCUGCUUUGCUCUAUUGGACCUGAUCCGUGUUCACUCAACCAAGAAUCCGUACCCGUAUAAUACCAGUCAGUAUCUCUUCUCCUCCUCCAGCCCCAAUCCAACUCCAACUCCAACCCAAACCCCAACCCGGGCGCCGCAUUAAAAUACCAACCCCCCCGUUCCCGCGCCCGUGUUGCUUGUGUGAAGCACCGCAGAAGGGGUGAAUUUAUAGGAGACUCACUUCACCAAACCCCUUCCCAAUCUAUUGCACCCCUUAUCUCCCGCCGGCGGUCGCACAUCUUUUUUUAUUUUAUUUUUAUUUUUAUUUUCACUUCCUUCAUAGUUCUGGGGCCGACCGGGGAAAAAAUUUAGCGACACCGGGGCUAGUUUCUUCUUCUUUUCUUUUUUCUUUCCUUUUUCUCUUUCUCUUCCUCAUCUGGGAACGGGUCUGCUGCUAGCAUCUUGGAAAGGGUUGCGGUUGUCGUCGCCACUAACUAACCAACCUUUCCCACUACCAUAUUCCCAUACAUACUCCUCCCGAAAAUAUACACACAUUUUCCCCCGUCUUCAUCAUCAUCAUCGUCACCGUUAGCAUCAUCAACAUCUGUCUUCUCAUCACUGUUCAUUCAUCACACGUUGGCGCUAUUUUGAGCUCACACUGUGGUCCCUCGCUUUCUUGUUGCAGUGUUCUAAACGCGCGUAGUUUGCCUCGCCAGGGAUAAUCUUCGUUCACCUCCCAUACAUACAUUGGCUUUGCAGGAUCGAGCCUCAUCGCGCCAACUGACGCCCACCCUCACUUCAAGCAACCCCUCUUACACGUCAACUCCAUCACUUCCACAAUAGUUGCCGACCCUUUGUAUCGGCACUCCACCUAAACGAAAGGAGUUUCAGACGAUUGUUAGGCGACGAGGAGAAAAGGCUACGAUACCCUUUCGUUGCCGCGCUUCCUCGUCGUCCGAUUACCGGACUUCCGCCAAUCUAAUCAACAUGGCCCUUUCUGUACCUAAUCCGCCCACGACACCGCGACGAGUAAAGGUGUAUGAGUUGCGGAACAAUGAUUGGUUUGAUCGGGGAACUGGGUAUUGCACGGGACAGCUGGUUAAUGUAAGGACUGCCCACUUAUAGGCGUGACGAGUUAUCGUGACGGGGACUUGCUUUGUUUUUUUUUGUUUUUUUUCCCCACCUCCGCUGUUUGGUUCCUGCAUCAUGGCAGUCUUAUGGGCAAUGGAGUGGCUGAUAUACGUGGCGCACAGGACGAACCACAUAUACAAGUGAAAUCAGAAGAGGAGCAAGAUCGUAUGCUGUUGGAAACGAAGAUAAUAAAAGAUGAUGGAUAUCAGAAACAACAGGGUAUGUUCGGCUUGCCUCUUCUUUUCCCAUGCCGUUUGUGGGGAGCUUUGAUGCGUUGUUACAAAAAUUUCCCCUGUCCCUCGGACGGGCUACUGACAUCUACCCAGAAACCUUAAUUGUGUGGACAGAGCCACACGGCACAGAUAUGGCUUUGAGCUUUCAGGAACCAGAAGGUUGUGCCGCGAUAUGGUACGUCUCCUCUCCGCGCCUCUUCUUGUCGGACUUUAUACUCACCGCAUUUUGCAACAGGGAGUUUGUGAGCCAUGUUCAGAGCCAUCUUCUGUCGAUAUCGGGAGCGGGUAUGCACUUCAUCCAUCCCUUCUUGCAAAUAAAUGUUCACAUGUAUGCUGAUAGAUACAGAUGAAAUACUCUCAGACGAUGCGAACGAAACCCUCAUCAGUUCGGUGAUGCUACCUUCCCCCGAACUGGGGAAUCUCACUGAAAUCGAAGCUAUGAUCCGAUCGGCAAGCUCAACAGCCCAGGCCAGAGAUUCCCUGGGGAAAUUCGUCCUGAGUGAGGAUUUCAUUCGAAAACUCAUACCGCUGCUUGAGGUGGCGGAAGAUCUGGAGAGUCUGGAGAACCUGCAUCGGCUGUGCAAUAUUAUGAAGAUGAUAAUUUUGCUGAAUGAUACGCUGAUCAUCGAGCAUAUCGUCACGGACGAGGUCAUAUUUGGGGUUGUAGGGAUCUUGGAAUGUGCGUAUCUGUGAUCUGCCGUGUAACAGCCCCCCUAGUGCUAACCACCCUUGACCGCAGACGAUCCAGAUUUUCCAAGUCACAAGGCUAACCACCGGCAAUUUUUGUCCGAUACGUCCAAGUUCAAGGAGGUAGUGCCGAUCAAGGACCCAGAAAUCAAGAAGAAGAUCCAUUGGACUUACCGAUUACAAUACUUGAAAGAUGUUGUUCUUGCUAGGAUUCUUGACGACCCUACCUUUUCGGUGCUUAACUCUCUCAUCUUUUUCAACCAGGUGGAUAUUUUGCAGCACCUCCAGAGCAACCAGGCGUUCUUGAAGGAGCUCUUCUCAAUCUUCCACGCUGCGGAGUCGGAACCGACACAGAAAAGGAAUGGUGUUUUGUUCAUUCAACAAUGUUGUUCAAUUGCAAAGAACCUUCAGGGACCUGUAAGAUCCCAACUCUACAACCACUUUAUCCAAAACGGACUCUUUGCUGUCAUAGAUUUCGCGCUACUCCACGACGAUGCUUCCGUCCGCAUUGCGGGUACGGACGUUUUGGUGGCCAUGAUCGAUCACGACCCAGCGAUGAUGCGAGCGUUCAUCUUCCGACAAAUCAGCGACAAGCAAAAGCCAUUGACGGACACCCUGAUUGAAUUGCUGUUGGGAGAGCAGGACCUGGGAGUAAAAGCGCAGAUCGCGGACGCUAUCAGAAUCCUGCUUGACCCCGCUACGGGGCUGCAGAUCGAGGGACUUGGAAAGGCUAGUGACAUAACCUCGCGGUUGCAUCCUCGAAAUCAUAAUGCGGACCGUGAAACUGAGAAUUUUUUGAAGACCUUUUAUGACGACUCCGCCAAGAAACUAUUCCUCCCCUUGUCAGAGCUUGAUAGCAGGAAGUCACGUACGUUACCCUUUGACACCCAGCGAUUGUCAAACCAAGUUGGCUGAAGUUUUGUUGCAGUGAAAGCCUUGUCAAUGGCAGAAGUGUCGUUAUUUUCCCAUCUCGUGGAUACGCUAUGUUUCUUUGUCCGACAGCACGCAUUCCGAGGAAAGUACUUCCUUCUGGCAGAGAAUCUCCCCUCGAGGGUUGCGCAGCUGCUCCAAUCGCCUGAGAAGCAUCUGAAACUGUCAGCACUGAAGUUCUUCCGAACGUGUGUUGGUUUACAGGAUGAGUUUUAUAUCCGGCAUAUGAUAAAAUGGAAGCUGUUUGGGCCGAUACUGGGCAUCGUUAUCGAUACCAUGCCGAGGGACAACCUGCUGAAUUCUGCCUGUCUCGAAUUCUUCGAGUUCAUCAAGAGGGUAUGAGGGCUCGUUCUAUCCUACAGAUUUCACCACAGAAACUAACCAAAUUAUCUGUCACAGGAGAAUAUUAAACAGAUAAUUGUCCAUUUGGGCGAGAAUUAUCGCGAUCGAAUGAAGGAGAUAACCUAUGUUGACACUUUCAAUAUGUUAAUAUCGAGAUGCGAACAGCUGCAUGAUACAACCAUGCCCUCAUCAUAUGUUCAGGAAGACAAGUCCAUCAGGUAUACAUCCCCAAGCCCCCGAGCUAGCAACAGUGUAUACCGGGUCAAUUGGGCCUGGGAAAUCUUGGUUAGGAAGAGGAUAUUGACUAUCAACUAGGAAUCAUGUCAACGGUGCCAGAAGGUGGCAGGGUGUCAAGGAUAUGGAUGCUGCCGAGGAGGAAUAUUUCAAUACUUCUGAUGAUGAUGAGGAUAACGCUCCGGCACCCAAGGAUAGCCCUAUUAAGGGCGCUAACGGAAAUGGAUCGCCGGUGCCCAAACCACUGGUUGACUAUGCAGACGACGACCCAAUGGAUACUGCUGAUGAGAGCAAACCCGAGGAUAAAAGAGGGGCUGCUGCAUCGGCCAAGUCAGCGCCCGAAGGAGCUAGUCCGGCAACCUCCCCUACCACCCCCACUUCGCAAAGGUCUGAUGGCGAUGUGCCUUCUGGAGCGCCCACACCCGAAAGGUUAUCGGAGAAACGAAGGCGCGAGGAGGAGGAUGAUGAUGAGCUCGGAAAGUUGCGGAACAAACGCCGCAGCCCUACUACUAGUGGUGGGAGUGCAAAUACCCUGACCAAGAAGCGCAGUUCCGGGCCCGGCGGCAGCCCACCUACUAAAAAGAUAGCGAUAAACCUGGCCGUCAAGACAAGUACAGGAAGUGGCGACGGUGGUGGUGGGGAGGUCAUCGGGGAUGGUGGUGAAGCGGAUAACGAAAAAUAGAUGACGGUGAGGGAUAGGCGAUGGAUAGUGCAGGGGGAGUUUCAUGGCCAUCUUACUUGCUGAUCAAUUCUUAUUCUCAAUCUAGUUCCCUUUCCCUGGUCUUUGUUUGCAUACGGAUUCCCGCCUAUUGCCCUACUAUUUUCGAGCUUUUCGCCUUUCCUUCCUUUUUUUUUUUUUUUUUUUUUAAUAUCAUACCUAACCUUGGCGUAUCUGAUUUUAGUGAUUGCUUCU